UUGUCAGAUGUAAAAAAUGAUAAUUGUCAAGAUCGAGUGAUAAAUUAUUAAAAAUUGUCAUGAUGAAAGUUCGUUUAAUGAUGACGAAAAAGUGUGACAGGUAGUUGUAAGUUACAAUUAGAAAAAAAGAGAUAAGAGAAAGGAGAAGAAGAAGAAGAGGAAGAUUACAAACGUGAACGUAAAGCAAUGUGGAGAUUGAUGAUUAUUGUCUUAAUUUUUGGACUGGUUUCAUCAGUCCGUCGUACUUAUGGAACAACAACAAAAGUAACUAGAUUGGUGCCAAGACGAUCUCCAAUGUUGCCUCAGGAUGGAAACAUGGAUUUGGCGAUGCAAAGUAGAGCAGUGGAUACAAGAGUACAGCUCAGUAUUAGAGAAGGAGAACCAGAAGGUACACUAGUAGGAAUAAUACCGGUACAGCAAAAUUUCACUUAUCGGUUUAAUGAACCACCUCAAGAGUUUACAUUAGAUCCAGAUAGUGGACAAAUAAAGACUGCUAAAAUAUUAGACAGAGAAUCAUUACCAAGUGAUAAAUUUGACUUGGUUGUAUUGUCAAGUCAACCAACUCAUCCAAUUGAAGUACGAAUUCAUGUAUUAGAUGUCAAUGACAAUGAUCCUGAAUUCCCCGAAUCUAGUAUUGCAGUCUCAUUUUCUGAAUCUGCAGCAGCCGGUACGAAAUUACUGUUAGAUACUGCAACAGACAAGGAUACACCUGAGAAUGGUGUUGCAGAUGAUUAUUUUAUCGUUGACGGUAAUAUUGAGGGUAAAUUCCGAUUAGAUGUAACAUGGAAUCCUCCUGGAGAAAGUUCAUAUCUUUAUUUGGAAACAACUGGAAAGCUGGAUAGAGAACAAGUAGAAUUUUAUUUUUUAAAUGUGUGUGCAAGAGACCGAGGAAAACCACCAAGACUUGGAUAUCUUGCUGUCAAUGUUACGGUAUUAGAUGUUAAUGAUAAUCCACCAAUUUUUCAGCAAAGUGAUUAUGUUAUUGCAUUAAAUGAAAGUGUACCUGUGGGAACUAAAGUGCUUACAGUUAAGGCUUAUGAUAAGGAUUCCGACGAUAAUGCCAAGUUGACAUAUUAUCUGCCAGACACUGAAACACAAUUCAUCAUUGAUCCAGAAACUGGUACAAUAGAAACAGCAGAAUUAUUAGAUUGCCCACAACAAAGUUGCACAAAUAUUAAACCAGGUGGAAGUUGUCCAAAAUCUUGCGUUAUUACAGUUUUUGCUAAGGAUCAUGGAUCACCACGUCAAGACGGCAGAACUUAUGUUACUGUUAAUCUUCUGGAUGCUAAUGAUCAUGAUCCAGAAAUAAAAUUUAAUUAUUUUCCUGCAACAGUAGGCUUUGCUACAGUUGAUGAAAAUGCAGCUAAAGAUUCUCUAGUAGCAGCAGUAUUAGUUAUUGAUAAUGAUGAAGGUUUAAAUGGUGAAACAACAGUUGAAAUCAGAGGUGGAAAUGAAUUGGAGCAUUUUAAACUUUAUAAUACACAAAAUUUUGAAAUAGUUCGAGUUAAUGGACGACUAGAUCGAGAAGAAAUUCCAACAUAUAAUUUAACAAUUGUUGCAACAGAUAAAGGAACUCCACCAAGAUCAGCUACUGCAUAUUUAGUGAUUCAUGUGAAUGAUGUCAAUGAUCACGAUCCAGUUUUUAAACAAAGUGAAUAUUCAUCAAUUAUCUCGGAAUUAGCACCUAUUGGUAGUUUUGUUGCAAGUAUUUCCGCUACUGAUGCUGAUUCUGGAUUAAAUUCACGUAUUUAUUAUGAUUUUGAUUCUGGUAAUGAACAAUCAUGGUUUGCCAUUGAUUCAGAUACUGGAUUAGUGACAACAAUAGCACAAUUAGAUCGAGAAAUUCAAGGCAGUGUUGAGUUACGUGUAACCGCACGUGAUGGUGGUCCUAAUCCUCGUUUUGCAUCAACACAUUUACGAGUAACAGUACUUGAUGAAAAUGAUGAAGCACCUAAAUUUGCUCAAAAUGUUAUUGAAAUAACUCUAUCUGAAAACAUACCACCACAUAGUCUCAUAGCAACAUUAACUGCUAUUGAUAAUGAUCAAGGUACUAAUGGAUCUGUUGCUUACAGUUUACAUUCAAGUGUAUUAAGAGAUUAUUCUAAGUCGUUUGAAUUAGAUGUAUUAACUGGACAAUUAACAACAAAAAUAGCGUUAGAUCGUGAAACAAUAGCAGAAUAUAGAAUAUUAAUUAUUGCUAAAGAUCAAGGAACACCACCACAAUCAUCAACAGCAACAGUACUUGUUUCAUUAGAUGAUGUCAAUGAUAAUGCUCCAGUAUUUUAUCCAACAAAAUAUUUUAUAUCUAUUCCAGAAGAUACCCUUGUAAAUACAUCAAUUGGCAAUGUAAAAGCAACUGAUGCUGAUGCUUCUGAAAAUUCUCGAAUAAAAUAUUCAUUGGAGUCGGGUGGUGAAGGAUUCUUCAAAGUAGACGAACGAAAUGGAGAUAUAUAUCUUCAAAAUUCAUUAAGAUUUACUCAAAAAACAUUAUAUAAAUUAAUUAUUACAGCUAAAGAUAUGGGUGAUAAGGAAGCAGUUGAGAAUGCAAUUGUUGAAAUAAUGAAGAGUGAAGAUGUAGAACAUCUCGAUUUUGAUACAUACAAUGGUUAUGAGUUUAAAAUUUUAGAAGAUUAUGGUGAUUGUUCUGAGGUAACAGUUAAUUUUAAUCGAGAAGUUGGAUCAGUUUCUGUAACACAAUUUCCUAAAAGUCAAAUAAUUUAUUCAAUUAUUUUUGGUGAUCCUAAAGGUAAUUUUAUUAUUAAUGAGCAUACAGGAAUUAUAAGUACAGCUAAAUGUUUGGAUCGUGAAGAGAAAACUCACUAUACUUUAGAAAUAAUGGCAAAAGCUGGAUUAGCACGAGGAAUAGCUUAUGUUAAUAUAACAAUUCUUGAUGUUAAUGAUAAUGAGCCAAAAUUUCCUAAAGGUGACAAAACGGAUGAAAUUAAUCUUAAGGAAAAUGUUGCAGUUGGACAAGAAGUUUAUUUAGCGAGAGCUAGAGAUCGUGACAUUGGUGCUAAUGCUCGAAUUUCUUAUACUUUAACUCAUAAUCCUGGUAAACAAUUUCGUAUUACUGAAAAUUCUGGUAUUAUUUAUCUUGCUAAACCAAUUCAAGUACCACCUGGAACUGUUUUAAGUAUUGAAGUUACUGCUGUUGAUAACGGAUUACAACCACUUUCAGCACAACAUCAAAUACGAAUCACUAUUGAAGACGUUAAUAAUCAUACUCCGGUAUUUAAACUAACCACUUAUGAGACAUCUUUACCAGAAUCAACGGCUGUUAAUGACAGAUUUUUUUCUCUCAAAGCAACGGAUGCAGAUCUUGGUAUUAAUGGACAGAUUUUAUAUAGUGUAAGUGAUGGUAAUGAUGAAGAUCGUUUUGGAAUUUUUCCCGAUGGUCAACUUUAUGUUAAACAUGUUCUUGAUCGUGAACAACAAGAUUAUUAUGCUCUCGAAGUGACAGCCAGUGAUCAAGGUAAACCACGACGAAGUUCCGUUGUAGUAGUGAUUGUUCAUAUUAUCGAUGAAAAUGAUAAUGCACCACAAUUUACUAAUUCAUCAUUUAUUUUUCAUAUGAGAGAAAAUGAACCACCUGAAACAUUUGUUGGUAAAUUAUUGGCAAUAGACAAAGAUGUUGGUAGAAAUGCAGAUUUAACUUUUUCUCUACUUAUGAAUCAGCAAGAUUUAUAUGUGGAUCCAAGAAAUGGAUUUAUUAAAUCACUUAGUGUUUAUGAUCGUGAAGAAUUAGUAGCUAAUACUGGAGUCAAUUACGUGAAUUUAGAAGCAAUAGUAAUGGAUAAUGGUAUUAAUCGUCUUCAAGAUAAGGUCAAGGUUUCAAUUUAUAUAACGGAUAUUAAUGAUAACGCACCACUAUUUCAACGUUUACCAUAUCGAAUUCAAGUUAGUGAAAGUGCAGCUAUUGGUACUCAAUUACUUCGAGUUUAUACUACAGAUGCUGAUGAAGGGCUUAAUGGUGAUGUUUUUUAUUCUUUAGAAGAUGGUAAUCAAAAUGGUAAAUUUAUAAUUGAUGAAGCUACAGGGCAAAUAUCAUUAGCUAAAGAAUUAGAUCGUGAAACAUGUGAUAAUUACGUGUUAAUCGUUGUAGCACAUGAUGCUGGAUUACAAGUUCGUCUUUCAUCUAGUGCAACUGUUAAUAUUGAUAUUUUAGACGAAAAUGAUAAUGCUCCAACAUUUAUUGAUAAUAAGUCUCAAAUUUCUAUUAUUGAAACAACUCCAAUUAAUUCGAAAUUAUUACAAUUUAAAGCAACUGAUAAUGACCUUAAUUCUAAUAGUGAAUUAACAUUUGCUAUUUCAUAUGGAAAUCGUCGUGAUACUUUUUAUAUUGAUCCUUCAACUGGUAUUUUAUAUUUGAAAAAACCUUUAGAUUAUGAAGAACACAAGAGUUAUACAUUAAAUAUUAGUUGCACUGAUGCAGGUCAUCCAAAAAUGAGUUCUACAACAUCAUUAAGAGUUGAUAUAAUUGAUGAUAAUGACAAUCCACCAAUAUUUCCAAAUACAGCAAUUGUUCGACAAAUACGAGAAGGAAUAACUGUAAGAACACCAGUACACUCAGUGACAGCUGAAGACCCAGACUCUGGUGACAAUGGUGCAGUGACAUAUGAAAUAAUGAGUCAAGAUCCUGAUGAUCAAAAAAGAUAUUUUGGAAUUAAUCCACUUACUGGUGUUAUUCAUACACUAUUACCAAUUGAUAGAGAAGAAGUUGAUACAUUUAAAUUAGUUGUUGUAGCCACUGAUUGUGCUAAACCACCAUCACCUCGUUUAUCUGCUGAAAAGUUAGUUAUUGUUAUUGUUGAAGAUCUUAAUGAUAAUGCACCAGUUUUUAUUAGCAUGUUGGCAGUUGUAUUACCUUCUAAAUUAACAUUAAGUGCUAAUGUUGCCAAAGAAAUGCCAGUUGCACGUGUUUUAGCACAUGAUUUAGAUUCAGGUACUAAUGGAUUAGUUACAUAUGAACUGAUGAGAUCUGAAUAUAAUUAUUUAGAUAUGUUUAAAAUUCAUCGAAGUACUGGUGUACUUACUAUGAAAUUACCAAAAUUCAUUGAACACUUAGAUAAAUCAUUUAGAUAUCAAAUAGGUAUUCGAGCUACUGAUGAAGCUGUACAAGCAGAAAGACGUUCAUCUGAGACUUACUUAACAUUAAUUAUCCCAGGUGAUGAUAAUAGUGAUCAAAUUAUUUGGGAUCAUGAUGGUCUUUUAGAAGGCUCGGUUUACGAAAAUGAACCUAUAGGUACGAGUGUUUUAAAAAUAAGUGCACGAACUCGUAGAUCUGAUGUUAGUCUAGAAUACUAUGUGACAAAUGUGACUGCAAAUCGUGGUGGUGCUCAAGUAGACAGAUUGUUUGACAUUGACAUGAAAAGUGGACUUUUACAAACAUCUAGGUUGCUCGACAGAGAAAUAGGCGUUGAUUGGUAUGAGGUCGAGAUCUAUGCUGUGAUCAUUGGUGACGAUGAACCCAACACUUCUUCUACCAAGGUUCGUGUAACGGUCCUUGACAAAAACGAUGUAGCACCCUCAUGGGGUCCAGGACUAUGGCGGUACCAAGUGUCAGAAGAAGCAUCACCAAACAUGGUUGUCACCACUCUUAAGGCUUCUGAUCCAGAUACUAUUGGCAAUCUUCGAUACACUUUAAUUACUACAUCACGUUCAUUUUCAAAUGAAUUCAAUAUCAAUAACAACCACGAAAUAAUGUUGAAUGAUCUGGAACAAAAUGAAAUAGAGAGACAAUUUAGAUUGGAUUCCAUUAGUGGACAGUUGAGACUUAAUGAGGCACUUGAUCGAGAAAAAAGGGACAAAUAUCAUCUAAGAGUUAGAGCUGAUGAUGGAUUACAACAUACUGAUAUCAAUCUAAUUAUCCAGGUGACUGAUACUAAUGACAAUGCUCCAAUAUUUCAAUCGUCAGUUUAUUCCUUUGACAUCGCAGAAAAUGUUUCUCAUAGCAGUCAGAUUGGUCAAGUAAUAGCAAUAGAUGCUGAUGCUGAAGGUCCUAACAGUCAACUAAGUUAUGCUCUAAUAUCUGAUUGGGCUAACGACGUCUUCUCUUUAAAUCCAACCACUGGAGUUUUGACACUGACAGCUGGUCUGGACUACGAACAGGUACAACACUACAUUCUUGUUGCACAAGCAACAGAUGGUGGUCUACCGGCAUUAUCUACAACCGUUACCGUCUAUUGUAACGUAAUUGAUCUUAAUGACAAUACGCCAAUAUUUGAUCCAGGACCACGAGGAAGUGAAAUAUUGGAGAAUGUUACAAUUGGUACUUCAGUAUUAUCAGUACUUGCUCGAGAUUUAGAUUCUGGAAAUAAUGGACGAAUUAUUUAUGAUAUCAUCGAUGGAGAUGAUAAUAAUGAUUUUGAUAUAGCACCAAAUGGAACAAUCUUUACUAAAAAAAUGUUAGAUCGUGAAGUAAAAUUUAUUUAUAGUCUUAUUAUUCGAGCUAGAGAUUGCCCAGAACUCUCUAUUAAAUCACUUUCAUCAACGGUUCAAGUUACGAUUACUAUUCUAGAUAUUAAUGAUAUUGAACCAGAAUUUAUUUCACGUAAUCAAACGUAUAUAAUGGAAAAUGCAUCAAUAAAUACAGUAAUUAUGGCUGUAAAAGCUGUUGAUACAGAUGAAGGUAGAAAUGGUUAUGUAGAAUAUUUUUUGGAAGAUCCUUCUUCAUCUUUUACCCUUGGUACUGUUGAUGGUCUUUUAAGAGUGUCGAAAUUACUUGAUCGAGAACAAAAACAAAAUUACACAUUAAAAGUAACUGCCAAAGAUCGAGGAGAACCAAUCAAGUCCUCUGAAACAAUGAUAGCUGUUUAUGUUCUUGAUGAAAAUGAUAAUUCACCUGUUUUUGAUCCUAAACAAUAUUCAGCAACAGUUGCAGAAAAUGCUAGUAUUGGUGCUAGUGUGUUACAAGUAUUCGCUACAGAUAGAGAUGAAGGUGCUAAUGGUAGAAUCCGAUUCAGUAUUGCUUUAGGAGAUGAAAAUCGAGAUUUUACUAUCUCAGAAGAUAGUGGUGUUAUUCGUGUGGCAAAAAAUUUAAAUUUUGAACGAAAGUCAAAAUAUAAAUUGACAAUAAAAGCUGAAGAUUGUGCUACUGAAAUUGGAGGAAUUGUUAAAGAAGAUAAUACUGAAAUAACAAUUAAUGUAUUAGAUAUCAAUGAUAAUUCACCAGUUUUUUUAAAUACUCCAUACCUAGCUUAUGUCAUGGAAAAUAUGGUACCACCUGAAAAUGGAUUUAUUACUCAAGUCAAAGCUUAUGAUGCAGAUACUCCACCAUACAAUGAUCAAGUUCGAUACUUCUUAAAGGAAGGAGAUACUGAUCUUUUUAGAAUCAAUGCUAGCACUGGUGAUAUUUUUUUAUUGCGACCAUUAGAUAGAGAAACAGUUUCAGAGUAUACAUUAACACUAGUGGCAAUGGACACUGGAUCACCGCCUCUAACUGGCUCAGGGAUUUUAAAAAUUAUUGUGCUUGAUGUCAACGAUCAUAGUCCAAAAUUUUCAAGAUCAGAUUACAAGGCAACUAUUAGCGAAAAUUUACCUGCAGGUACAUGGGUUUUUAAGCCCAUUGCUACUGAUAAAGAUGAAGGAUUAAACUCUAAGAUAAGGUAUAGUUUGCUUGGAGAAAAAACAGAAAGAUUUUCUGUUAAUUCUGAAACUGGAGAAAUCUUAACUUUAGUAUCACUUGAUCGAGAAGAAACAUCAAUUUAUCAUCUUACUUUAAUUGCUCAAGACUCUAGUCCAACUGAGCCUCGAGCUGCUGCAGUGAAUCUUACAAUUUAUGUACAAGAUUUAAAUGAUAAUCCACCGAAAUUUUCUAGUCCACGGUACACAGCUUACAUCACUGAUUCUACAAAACCUGGUGACUUUGUUUUUGGAGCAAAAGCUGUUGAUGAUGAUGAGGGUGAAAAUUCACGCAUAAUUUAUCAACUCCAAGGAGAAGAUUCAGAUUUAUUUGUUAUUGAUUCAUUAAGUGGAGUAAUUAGAGCUAUGAAAAAUUUAUCUAACUCUAAAAUAACAUAUCAAUUACAAAUUAAAGCAUCAGAUUGUGGUCUAAAUACUCAAAACGUUACGGCAGAUUUAGUGAUUCAUUUGUGGGAAAGAAAAUUAUUUCCUAGCUUUAGUUCAGGUAUUACAACACAAUUUAGUCUCUCUGAAGAUGUACCUGAGGGACAAGUAAUUACUACACUAACUGCAUCAACACCAAAAAUGGGUGUAAUAAGUAAUCUAAUUUUCGCAAUGGCUGGUGGUAAUAUUGGAGAUGCUUUAAGAAUUGAUGCUCAUUCAGGUGAUGUUAUCGUAGCUUCUGGUUUUGAUUAUGAAACAGCACCAACUUUUGAAGCUUGGAUUGAAGUUCGAGAUUCUGAUAAUCCACCUCUAAGAUCUGUAGUUCAGCUUUUAAUCAAUGUUACUGAUGCUAAUGAUAAUGCUCCUAUUAUGGAAGCUGCAAUUUAUAAUGCAAGUGUUAUUGAGGAAGAAUAUCCACCACUUUAUGUAACCAAAGUCACAGCUAAGGAUCUAGAUUCAGGAAAAAAUGGUCAAGUUUAUUAUUAUUUAGUAAAUGAUUAUGAUGAAUCGUUCAUUAUUGAUGAGUAUAGCGGUGAAAUUAGCACUAAUUUAAAACUUGAUCGUGAAGAAUUGGAUUCAUAUAUGCUUGUUGUUGAAGCAAGAGAUCAAGGAUAUCCAAUAUUGUCUGGAAGUGCAACUGUUAUGGUUUCGAUUUUAGAUAAAAAUGAUAAUCCACCUCGAUUUACAAGACUUUUUAGUGUUAAUGUUACUGAAAAUUCAGAAAUUGGUACAUUUGUAAUCAGAAUAACAAGUAGUGAUCAAGAUAUAGGUAUAAAUGCAAAUGUAACUUAUUCUUUUACUGAAAAUCCAAGCAAAAAAUUUUCUAUAGACUCAUCGACAGGAAUUGUUCAAGUCAAUGGCUAUUUAGAUCGAGAAGAACAAGAUGAAUAUUUAUUAAAAGUUGGUGCAGCUGAUGGUGCUUGGGUUGCUGAAACGACUUUAACGAUAACAAUUCAAGAUCAAAAUGAUAAUACACCUGAGUUUACUCAAGAUUUUUAUUAUUUUAAUUUUCCCGAAUUACAAAGACAGAUGGCUCUAAUUGGUCAAGUGUCUGCUAACGAUCGUGAUAAGCAAGGACCUAAUUCGGUUAUUUCUUAUAAUUUUCUUCAUCCGUCUGAUCUUUUUUCAAUUGAUCCAGCAACUGGUGAUAUAUUUAGUAAAAAAACUCUUCAUUAUAAACAUACGCAUCAACCAUCAUCACCGGAAAAUAUUUAUUCUUUAACAGUGAUUGCAACUGAUAAUGGCAAACCACCUCUUUCUUCUAAAGUCACAGUGUAUAUUAAUGUGGUUAAUGCUAAUAAUCAUUCGCCAAAAUUUGAAGAACGAUCAUACUUAUCACCAGUUCCAGAGGGUUGUGAACUAGGUAAAAAAAUAAUCAAAUUGAUAGCUUUGGAUAAUGCUGAUUUUGGUGUUAAUGCAGAAAUCGAAUACAGUCUUUUACAUGGAAAUUUAACGAAUUAUUUUGACAUAGAAUCAAAAACCGGUUGGAUUUAUGUAGCAAAAAAUAUUAAAAAUAUUCCUAUCGGCUCAAUAUUUACAGCAAUUGUAAAAGCAAGAGAUAAAGGAAUACCACCUCAAGAGGAUCAAGUCAAUUUAUCAUUAGUAAUAACCGGUGAAAAUAAAUAUGCACCUACAUUUGCUGCCUCAUCUUAUCAAGUUCGUGUGCCUGAAAAUGAACCUGUAAAUACAACAAUAUUAACAGUUAAUGCUGUGGAUAAUGACAGUGGUCCCAAUGGAAUGAUUAAAUAUGAAAUUUCAUCGGAUAAUAAUCAAGGUGUAUUUUCAAUUAAUUCAGUUACUGGUGCCAUAAUGAUCUUAAAGCCUCUAGAUUAUGACACUAUUCAGGAAUUCCGAUUAAAUAUCACUGCAACUGAUUUUGGCUUCAAAUCAAAAACAUCUGUUGCUACUUUAACUAUCAAUGUCUCAGAUAUUAAUGAUAAUCCACCAAUAUUUAAUCAAAGUUUAUAUGAUGCCUACAUUGCUGAAAAUUUGGCUCCAAAAAGUUUUGUUUAUAAAGUGGAAGCUAAAGAUAUUGAUUCACCAAAAUAUGCUAUUAUUCAGUAUCGGAUUAUUGGUGGUAGCGGUAAAGAUCAUUUCCAAAUUGAACACAAUACAGGAAUAAUUACUUCUAAAAUAAGUUUCAAUUAUGAAGAAACUAAUCAAUACAUUUUGGAUAUCGUAGCAGCUAAUCCUGAUUCAAAUCCCCCAAUGGUUGGAUUUACUAGAGUUUUAAUUCAUAUUACUGGAAUUAAUGAAUACUAUCCAAAAUUUAUACAGCCUGUAUUUCAUAUGGAUGUGUCAGAAAGUGCUGAAAUAGGCACUUCAAUUGGUUUAGUGCAAGCAACUGAUCAAGAUUCGGGAGAAGAUGGAAAAGUUUAUUAUUUAUUCGUCGGAUCUUCAAAUGAUCGAGGAUUUUCAAUUGGUUCAGAAACUGGAAUCAUUAGUGUAGUUCGUAAACUUGAUAGAGAGACUCAAAAUCGUGUAAUUUUAACAGUAAUGGCAAAAAAUGGUGGUGGAAUUCGUGGUAAUGAUAUUGAUGAAGCUCAAGUUAUCAUAUCAAUUCAAGAUGGUAAUGAUCCACCGGAAUUUUUACAAAAUCAUUAUGAUGCUUCAAUUUCUGAAGGAGCACCAUUAGGAACCAAAAUAUUGACUGUUCGAGCUAUUGAUAAAGAUGUUAAACCUCAAAACAACCAGUUCUCAUACUCAAUAAUGGCAGGAAAUAUUGGACAGACAUUCAAAGUUGAUCCCCAAUCUGGAGAUAUUGAAACAGCAAAAAUAUUAGAUAGAGAAUCAAUUCCAUCAUACGAAUUAUAUAUUGGUGCUAUUGAUACGGGAUUUCCUCCACAAACUGGUACUGUCAUUGUUCGAAUUGAUUUAUUAGAUAUCAAUGACAAUGGUCCUAUUCUUGAGCCAACUGAAGUAAUUGGAUACGUAAAUGAAAAUGAACCAGCUGGUACUAGUAUUAUGACUUUGGCAGCAACAGAUCCUGAUUUACCACCAAAUGGUGCACCUUUUACUUACCGUUUAAUUGGAGAACGACAAGUAAAUAUUGUAACACUAGAUAAACAUUCAGGAGUUUUGAGAACUACAAAAAGUUUUGAUCGAGAAAUUAUGUCUCAAUUAGAUUUAUUGGUUGAAGUAGAAGAUUCUGGAUUACCAAAACUUAAAAGCGAAUAUACAGUGACAGUAGUUGUUUUGGAUGAAAAUGACAGCCCAUCAACUCCUCGUUCUGUUCAUGUUAUUGUUCACUCAUUGAAUGGUCACACGCCUAUGGGAAAAAUAGCGGAUGUCCAUCCAAACGAUCCUGAUACCACUGGCGACUACACAUGCAAAAUACUUCAGGGUUCCAAUCCUGGUGUACUCAGUAUCCCGAUCGCUUGUGAUUUACAUACCAGUAAAAUUACCCCUGGUUUAGGUUAUUCGCUUAGCGUAUCUGGGAAUGAUGGACGACAUCCAGAUGUUAUGUCUAAAGUUACUGUGGAAUUUCUUGUAUUCUCCAACGUCACCAUUGACAAUAGCAUCACUUUACAAAUUAACAAAAUCACUGCCUCUGAAUUUCUGGCUAAAUAUUAUCGGCCUCUUCUUGACAUGCUACAAGAUAAUGCGGAUGUUAGUGAAACAAUUUCAAUUUUUAGCAUUGGAGAAUCUGAAAAUAAUUUAGAAAUUUAUUUAGCAAUAGAAACAGCAAAAGGUUAUAAAAUGAAAUCUCACGUAAUAAACUGGCUUUCUCGAAAUAAGAAAAAAAUUCAACAAUUAUUAGAUGGUAAUAAUAUUAUAAUUGGAUAUUCUCCAUGUCAAGAAAUUAUCUGUAACAACGGUGGCACAUGUAAUAAUCAAAUUGUAGUUUAUGAUGAUGCCCGAAUAAUUGACAGCCAGAAUCUUAUUUUUACAUCACCAAGAAUUAAUAAUGAAGUUGUAUGCAAAUGUCGUGAAGGUUUCAUAGGGAAUUUGUGUGAAAAACGUCAAGAUCCUUGUUCGCCGAAUCCCUGUUUGGAAAAAGGUCAGUGCCGUCGAUUGGGUUAUGAUUUUGUAUGUUCUUGUUUACCAAAUCGUAGUGGAAAAUUAUGUGAGCUAGAAAGAGGUGAUGCCUGUGCACGUAAUCCAUGUAAAAAUGGUGGAUCUUGUCAAGUAUCACCUGAUGGAUCGAAUUUUUUCUGCCUAUGUCGUGCAGGAUAUCGCGGUAAUCAUUGUGAAAUAAUAACAGAUUUUUGUCGACCUAAUCCUUGUCUAUACGAUGGAAUUUGUAUCAGUCAAAAACCAGAAUAUCAAUGUAGCUGUCCUGAAGGUCGUUAUGGACGACAUUGUGAACGAUCAACUUAUGGAUUUGAUGAAUUAUCAUUCAUGACAUUUCCAGCGUUAGAUUCUACUACUAACGAUAUAACUAUUAUUUUUGCAACAAUUAAACCAGAUGCAUUGUUUCUAUAUAAUUACGGAACACAAAGUGGAGGACGUUCUGAUUUUAUUGUCCUUGAAUUAAUUUCUGGAAAAAUUUCUUUCUCAUAUGGAGGAUCAAGAAGUGCCAUUACUACUAUCAAAAUUGAGGGAGGAAAUCGUUUAGAUGAUGGUGAAUGGAAAAAAGUUACUGCCACUAGAAAUGGACGAGUUGUUUCAUUAAGUGUAUCAGAAUGCCGAGAGCAUGGGGAUAUUUGUGAUGAUUGUAAACCAGGAGAUGAGUCUUGUUAUGCUGAUGAUAUUGGACCAAUUGGAACAUUAAAUUUCAAUAAUAAUCCAUUUUUUCUUGGCGGCUUAAAUUCAGCAGAUCCAAUAUUAGAACGUUCCGGUCAAAUACAUUCGGAUGAUUUUGUUGGCUGUAUACAUUCAGUUUCAAUAAAUGGCCGAACUCUUAAUUUAAGUAAUCCUCUAACGUUACGUGGAAUUAAAAAUACAUGUACAAGACCAAAGAAUGGUUUAUGUUAUAUAGAAAAAGAUGACACAUAUUCAUCAAUUUGUGGAUUAAGUGAUAAAUGUUAUGAUAAAUGGCAUCAGAUUUCAUGCCAAUGUGAUUAUAUGACUGCUCCAAAUUGUCGUGACGCACUUGAACCAAUAAAUUUAAGUGAAGGAGGAUUUAUUGAAUUUAAAAUAUCUGAACAACAUCGUAGAAUGCAACUUUUAGAAUAUUUAUAUGGAGGGACAACUGCUUGGUCUCAUAAUUAUAAUACUGAUUAUCUGACUGAUAAAUCAUUAGUAAAGCAUAAAUCAAAAUCAUUUUCUCAAGCUUCAACACCACCGAAAAAAAUGAGUUUAAUGUUCAAAACAAUUAAAGCCGAUGGUAUUUUAAUUUAUGCUGCUACAAAUAAACAUUAUACAUUAUUGGAACUUAAAAAUGGUCAGCUUUCAUAUACGUCUCAUUUAGGAACAAUUGUCAACAUGACAGGAUAUAUUGAAGGAAGUUUAGCUGAUGGUCGUUGGCAUAAUUUAACAAUAUUUACACAUUUACGUGAAGUUAAAGUAUUAGUUGAUGGUAUUUUAACUGGAGAUGAAUUGGAUUCUGUUGGAGUUCAUGAUUUUUUAGAUCCUUAUCUUACUGUACUUUUUAUUGGUGGCAUUCGACAAGAUUUUUAUCAUUUAGAUACUUUUCCAAUUGAUUUUGAAGGAUGUUUAGCUAAUUUUACAAUUAAUGAUGAACUUCAACCAUUUAAUGGUUCUGGAUCUAUCUUCAAAAAUGUUAUUUAUUAUGGAAAAGUUUUACACGGUUGUAAAGGUCCGAUUGGCAUUAGUGCUGCUACUGUAACUGAUCCACUAAGUAUUGGUAUCACUUUAGUCAUUGUUUUCUUUGUGAUUUUACUUAUAGCCAUUGUUGUUAGCUUUAUAGUAUUUCGUUUACGUCGUUUAAGUAAAGAAAAAACUUCAUCUGUUAUGAAUAAAAAUACUAAUGCGAUUAUAACUGGAAAUUCAUUAGUAAGUUCUGGUGGUAAUGAUGGAAUUAUGUCAAGACAUGAAAAUACAUACAUUACAACAGAUACUCUUGAACUCCGAGGAGUAGUCAGUCAUAUGGGUCCGGAAUUACUUUCGAAAAAAUUUAAAGAACGAGAUAUCAAUAAUACUAAUGAACAUAGACCCCAAAGACCAGAUAUAAUUGAGAGAGAAGUGACAACAAAAAGUCCAUUAAUUAGAGAUGAACAUCUAUCUCUUUCACCUCCAACAAGCUCUUUACAUUCUCACGAACAACACAAUAAUAAUAAUAUGAACAGUAACAACAAUAAUAACAACAACAAUAAUAAUGGUAAUAAUAAUAACAAUAAUAUUCAUAAUAGUAGUAACAAUAAUAAUGCGAAUAAUAAUAUUAAUAAUAACAAUAAUAAUGAAGCUGAUAUGCCAGAACAUUAUGAUUUAGAAAAUGCAAGUUCUAUUGCGCCAAGUGAUAUUGAUAUUGUGUAUCACUAUAAAGGUUAUCGAGAUGGCAUGAGGAAAUAUAAAGCAUCUCCUCCACCAAUUGGAAAUUAUACAAAUCAUCAUAAACAUACAGGUACUCCUCAUAGACAUGUUGGAUCAUUUCCACCACCACGAGCUAUGGCACCACCAAAUGUCGGUGGUAGUGUUAGUCUCAGCAAUGGUGGUAAUUCACCAGCAACACCAACACCUAAAUUACUACAAAGUACACCACUAGCUAGAUUAUCACCAAGUAGUGAAUUAUCAGCUCAACAGCCGAGAAUUUUGACACUUCAUGAUAUUAGCGGAAAGCCCCUUCAAUCAGCAUUAUUUGUUACAACAUCAUCAUCAGGUGGAGUUGGGAAAGAUGUUUUAAAUUCUAAUAGUGAAAGAAGUCUAAAUUCUCCAAUAAUGAGUCAACUUUCAGGAUCAACAGCUAGUAGAAAAGCUCCUCAAAGUAAUAAUAAUAAUAGCAGUAACAAUGUUGGUCCACCGAUGGGUUUAACUGCUGAAGAGAUUGAAAGAUUAAAUUCACGACCUAGAACAUCUAGUCUUGUAUCAACUUUGGAUGCUGUAAGUUCAUCUAGUGAAGCUCGAGGACCUUUAUCUCCAUCACCUCAUGGACCUUUACAUCUUCAUCGAAGAAGACAUUCACCUCCACAGAAAAGAUUAGAAAGAAGAAAUUCAUCAACAACUGAUGAGAGUGGAAAUGACAGUUUUACCUGUUCAGAAAUAGAGUAUGAUAAUAAUUCAUUAGUCGGUGAUAAACGGUCAAAUAAUUUGUAUAAUAAUAAGCCAGAAAAUAGAGAAGAAGAAGAGGAAGAGGAAGAAAGAGAAGAAGAGGAAAAUAAAAAUAGACAAAUAUCUCAUAGAAAUAAUGAAUCUCCACAAUCAACAAAACCACCUUUACCAUCUAAUGUUAAUGUUUAUGAUGGCUUUGAUAGUUCGUUCCGGGGUUCUUUAAGUACAUUAGUAGCAUCUGACGAUGAUUUGUCAACACAUAUGGGAAGUCUUUAUAGACCUACUAAUAAUGGAUCUCCAUCUGCUAUCAGAGCACUUGGUUGGGAUUAUUUAUUAAACUGGGGUCCAAAUUUUGAAAAUCUUAUUGGAGUAUUCAUUGAUAUUGCUGAACUUCCUGAUAGUAACAGUAGUAAUAGAAUUAACUCAAAUAAUUUAAGAUUACCGUCAAAUAUUCCAAAAUCAUCCGAAGAGUAUGUUUAAUUGUUGAAGUUUUAAUCAUCAUCGACUGGAUGUUUUUUUACUUUCGACUUUUUUGAAAUUAUAAAUUAAACUUGUAUAUAAUUUGAAAGAAUAGGAUCCAAUAUUCUGUCUUGCCAUUAUGUAUUUUUUUUUUAAAUUAAUUUAAUUAAAUGUACUAUUUUGUUUUUACGUGAUAAUUGAUAGGAUGUAUUAUAUUAAAAUUUAUUCAA